UCAGUCUAUCAUCUACCGACUAAGAAGGAAGCGGCUCGCGGAAACAUUAAGAAGUUCAGAAAUAGAGCCGAAGACAUUAUUAUUUUUAUGACUUUUCUAAAGAAACUUGUCAAAAUGGAUUCCUUCGAUUGGGGGAAUUUUACACUCGAUAUGAUUCAACUCGCUAAUAACAGUUACAAAGAAUUAAGUUGUUAUUUAGAAAUCCAUAAUAAAAGUACAAUUAAUAGUACAGUAAAUUACUGUAAUAAUACGUGGGAUGGUGCUGCUUGUUGGCCUAUGACUCCUGCACAAACCUUGGCAGUUAUUCCUUGUUUUUAUGAAUUGAGAGGAGUUUAUUAUGACGUAACACAGAAUGCUACUCGAAUGUGUGAAGUAAAUGGAACAUGGGCAGUGAAAGCGAAUUAUUCUGGCUGUCGAGCCCUACUUACGGUACACGAAGAUAUUCUGGAUAUCAAAUACAAUUCUACUAUUUAUUACAUUGGUUACAGUUUAUCUUUGAUUGCUCUGAUUCUUGCAUUAUCAAUAUUUCUCUAUUUCAAAGAUCUCAGAUGCUUAAGAAAUACAAUUCAUACAAAUCUGAUGAUUACUUAUAUUCUAAAUGAUCUUACAUGGAUCAUAACAGCAACGUUACAGUCUUCAUCUUCACCUGUGGCAACAAAGAUAGCCUGUUUACUUAUUAUAAUGUUAACAUAUUUGAUGAGCACUAACUUUUUCUGGAUGUUUGUUGAAGGUCUCUAUCUUUAUAUUCUCGUUGUAAAGACAUUUUCAGUUGAUAUGGUGAAAUUUUCUGUUUACUUGGGAAUUGGAUGGGGUAAGUUUAUUUUUAAUAUGAUACUUUUUAUUAGUUAUAUUUGUUGGAUGUAUUACGAGAAUACUAAACUAUUUUUAUUUGUAGAGAAUGCUACUCGAAUGUGUGAAGUAAAUGGAACAUGGGCAGUGAAAGCGAAUUAUUCUGGCUGUCGAGCCCUACUUACGGUACACGAAGAUAUUCUGGAUAUCAAAUACAAUUCUACUAUUUAUUACAUUGGUUACAGUUUAUCUUUGAUUGCUCUGAUUCUUGCAUUAUCAAUAUUUCUCUAUUUCAAAGAUCUCAGAUGCUUAAGAAAUACAAUUCAUACAAAUCUGAUGAUUACUUAUAUUCUAAAUGAUCUUACAUGGAUCAUAACAGCAACGUUACAGUCUUCAUCUUCACCUGUGGCAACAAAGAUAGCCUGUUUACUUAUUAUAAUGUUAACAUAUUUGAUGAGCACUAACUUUUUCUGGAUGUUUGUUGAAGGUCUCUAUCUUUAUAUUCUCGUUGUAAAGACAUUUUCAGUUGAUAUGGUGAAAUUUUCUGUUUACUUGGGAAUUGGAUGGGGUUUACCAGUUGUGACAGUUAUUGUGUGGGUCAUCGUCAAGUCCCUCUGCUCGCCUCUCAUCUCUCACGAUGAAAGUUCGUCUUUCCUGAAACAAUGUUUCUGGCAGAAUGGAGACAUUUACGAUUAUGUAUUCAUCAGCCCCGUAAUUAUUGUAUUAGUGGAAGAAAAAAAAGCUUCAAAAGCACUUUUGGUUCUGAUUCCUCUACUCGGAAUUACUUACGUUUUGGUAAUUGUCACUCCAAAUCAUGGAACGGCUAAGAUAUGGUUUGCAUACUUCCAGGCUGCUUUGCUCUCUACUCAGGGAUUCACGGUCGCUGUACUUUACUGUUUUCUCAAUGGAGAGGUUCGAAAUACUUUGCGUCAUUUCAUAACAAGAAGGCGAAUUCAAAACUCUAUUGGAUCAGUUGCACGCCCAUCUUUGAAUAGUCAACAGACAGAAACUUUGAGACUAUAUCCAAGAAGAGUGAUUAGAGAUCAAGACAGUCUUGCCACAACGGAUUCUUGGAUCAGCAAUACAAGAGAAAAGAAUACCAACGAACACAGACCUAGUAAUGGAUGUUAUAAUUUAUGUAAUUCAAAAGAUGACAUGAUAUAAAGCACAUGCCAACUAUAUAUUAUCUAACUGUGUUGUUGAAAGUCGAAUAUGUAUAGACUCAUUUAAACAUAUCUUGUUACAUAAAUUUUCAACAUAUUUUAUUUUUUGAUGAUUAAAAUAUGUUCCAGGACUAUUAAGCCUACGUUAAUAUGAUAAAAUGAGAAUAUUAUUUUUACAGCAUUAACCUCAUAAAAUAAGAACAGAGAUUAAAAUUAAUUGAAGAAGAAAUUAAUUUUGUUUUUCUUUAAUUAAAAUCAAUUUUCUUCGAAUAAAAUACAAUCUUGUUUAAUUAAAUCUAAAAUACUGAAGUGGUUAUUAAAUACGAUAUAAUUAUACGAAGAACGAUCAAAUUGAAUUUAAAAUUUAUGAAAAUAUUUAUGAUAAUAAUUCAAAA